AUGCGCGCAGCAGUUAUACAGUGUGUUCUCCCAACAGCUCUGUACGGGGCAGAAGUCUUCUAUACAGGAAAAAGACAACAAUGGGUUGUUAACUCCCUGCUCUCUCUCUUCCGUACAGCAGCCCUGGCUAUUAUCCCAGCCUACAAGACCACCCCUACUGCAGCUCUGCUCCGCGAAGCAGACCUACCAGACCCAGAGGCUCUAUUCAACAGCAUCCUCCGAAGGGCAGCAAUUUCAGUAUACUCAGAUGGCUCACGGACCAGCCAGGGGGCAGGGUAUGGCUAUGCAAUCUACUUUGGCCCUAUCCUUGUGUCCAAGGGACAUGGUCCCGCGGGCCCCAGGACAGAAGUCUAUGAUGCAGAAAUCAUGGGUGCUGUAGAAGGCCUACACGCAGCCCUGGGACAACCAUGCGUUGGCUACUCUACCCAGCUAAAGCCCCUUCAGGUCUGCUGGAUUCCAGGCCACUCUGGAAUUGCUGGGAAUAAGCUGGCAGACAAGCUUGCUAAGCUAGGGUCUUCUAUAUACAGCCCUGACAUCCCCCCCUCCCCAGCAUACCUACAACAGGAGGCAAAACAGUGGCUCUGUACAGAGACAUAUACAGCAUAUGCUAAUAAGGCGCCUGAAACCUACAAAGCCCUGAAUAUCAGACCCCAUACAAAAGAAAGCCGCUCCCGCGAGCACAAGCUGCCCUGGUGGGUACUUGGCCGACUCGUCGCCGCUUGUACAGGCCACAGAGACUUUACAGCAUACCACCAGUAUUUUGACUAUACAGACUACCUGGAGAGCUGCACCUGCGGCAAGGCAAAGACCCCAGUACACUUCUUCUUUUGCCCAUAUACCAGAAAAUGCUGGAAGGAUAGAUGGAGAUGUAUAAAGGAUGGCCCGUCAAAAACAAUAGACUGGCUCUUAAGUACAGCUGCCGGGGCUGAGGAAUUCAGCCGCAUCGUGCAAGAAUCAUCCUUUUUCAAGGACAUAUGCCUGAACUGGGCCCGCCGGAGCGCUUGA